UGGUUUUUGUUAACACGCACAACGAAACCGCCCUUUCAACUCUCUCUCUCUCUCUUAGGGUUAGGGUUUCAUUUCAUUUAUAAGAAAGAAAAUGUUACAGAGCACUUCGUCUUCUCUCUUCAAAUCGUCCAAUUUCCUUCUCCAAAAUCUCUCCUCUUCAAACAUGGCCUAAUUGAAUUAUUCUAUUCUUUCUGCUUGUGUAUUUUUUACAGGGUGGUGGCAGUACUUGAAUGGAAAUGUAUAAUGUUUCUGAUAACGGAAAUGGUGAAAAUUAUCUGAUUCAAGGUGCUGAAUCAAACCCGAAUUUUAUAGCUCCAGUUUUUGGACAAUUUGACUCAAUGUACAACGAAGGAGCCCCUGAUCAGGGUUAUUAUUAUCCUACUGCCACAAAUUAUGGGUAUUAUUGUACAGGUUUGGAAUCACCCGGAGAAUGGGAGGACCACCGCAAGAUUUUUGGUGUAGAUGGUCCUGAUUUCCAUCAUGCGGGUGCGCAAACUGAAAGUUUGCCUUAUGUAUAUUAUACUCCUAGCUAUGAAUAUGCACAGUCUCCAUACAACCCAUACAAUCCUUACAUACCUGGUGCAGUAAUGGGAGUCGAUGGCCAAUUUAUAGGGGCCCAACAGCACUACACCAUUCCUCCUUAUCAAGAUCCUUUAUCAUCAUCUGCUUAUAUUCCAGUUGUCAUUCAACCAGAUAUCAUCCCAAAUAGUUUGCCAGACCCCUUGCUGGGUAACGUUACAUCUAUUGCUAGUAGACCUGAUGGACGAGGUUUCAAGCAUAAUAUUGCAUCAGCAUCUGCAGCCUUACCUAUAAAUCCUCUGAAAUCUGCUUCAAAUCAGAAAUAUUCCUCGAGUAGGGUAUCAGCAGUGCCUAGAGCUAAAAUUAACAUUGGACCAAGUAAGCAAGCUGUGACAAAUGGAAGUGUUCCUUCUGGUAGUUCUUCUGUUGCAGCCUCAUCCUGUGUUCUUCAGGGUAGAACUCCUUCUGGUUUGAGUCAACAAGUUGAUGGCAUCUCCCAUGGAAAAGUUCUUACUUAUCAUAACCAGUUUAAAGUUGCCCUACCUGACAGUAAUAACUUUUCUGACUUUGGAUUGAAUGGGCGUGAACGAACACCUGUUGAUAAGGUUCGUCCAAAGUUAGCAGUUGGCAGGUCUCUGAAUGAAGUGAAUAAAAACAGUGAUGUGUUUGCUUUUAGUGAACAGAAUCGGGGCCCUAGAACCAAAAAAUCGAAAGAUCAGCCGUCGGUUAAAGACUAUACAAACAAAGCUGGGGUCAGUGAUGCCCAAGGAAACAUCAUUAUCUAUACUGACCAGUAUAAUAAGGACGAUUUUCUAGUUGACUACGUUGCUGCAAAAUUUUUUGUAAUUAAAUCAUAUAGCGAGGAUGAUGUUCACAAGAGUAUCAAAUAUGGUGUUUGGUCAUCUACUUCUCAUGGUAACAAGAAGCUUCAGAGUGCUUAUGAUGAUGCACAGAGAAUAGCUGCUGGGAAGCCUAGAGGAUGCCCUAUCUUCCUAUUCUUUUCUGUUAAUGCAAGUAGUCAAUUCUGUGGUGUUGCAGAGAUGAUUGGUCCUGUUGACUUCUAUAAAGACAUGGAUUUUUGGCAACAAGAUAAAUGGAGUGGGAGCUUCCCUGUCAAGUGGCAUAUCAUCAAAGAUGUGGCAAAUACCUGCUUUAGGCACAUCAUAUUAGAGAACAAUGAGAACAAGCCCGUGACUAAUAGCAGAGAUACACAAGAGAUAAUGUUCAGGGAAGGUCUGGAGAUGUUGAAGAUAUUCAAAAACCAUCCAUUGAAUACCUCUUUAUUUGAUGACUUUAUGUACUACGAAAAUCGCCAGAAAUUCAUCCAGGAAGAGAAAGCUAGACUUUACAAAAGUUUUAAAGGUCCAAUCUUUCUGCCUGCAUUUGGGCUCGACAAGUUAAAUAGUGUUGGUGAGCUACCUUCGAAGAGCGAUAAGAAAACUAACAAAAAUAUUGAUCCUAACAGAGCAGAAGAAAGUCUAACUUCUGCCACUGAUAAAAUUUCUUCAAAUUCUGAUGUGACCAAUUCAAGUAUUGGUAAUGGAAAUGCCAAGGAAGUUGUGGUCGAAGUAGAAGACAGUAUCAUGCGAACCCUAAGCAUUGAUUCACUUGCUAUAAACCCAAGGCCAGACGAGUCUAAACCCUUGGCUGAAGCUGCAAUCGAUGCUGGCAAAUCUGAUCUGAAUGAUGUCUUUACAGUGGGAUCAAUGCCUAUUAAAGUCAAUGGAUUUGCUGAAUCUUCUGGUGUUUUGAAAGUUGGUACAAUUCCUCUUGAUCCUAAGACACUACAGCUUGACAAGGGAGGCCCGCAGCCUAAAAACUGAUCCCAAAUUUGUUGAAAACUUGGGUCGUACUUGAUCUCUGUAACAGGCUGUGGUGAAUUGAAAAUUUUGCUUCAGGUUAUCUUGGUUUAUACCAUACAUUGAUGCCUUUGUUGUUUUGUUCCUGCUUGUGAAAGUAAACUGGAACCACAUUGUAAAAGUUUCCAUUCCAUUUUCUUGUUCCAUCAUCAUAUUCAAGAGAAGAUAUUAUACUUUCUCUGGUUUCUCUGGUUUCAUCGUC